AUGCCCAAGGCCAAGGCCAGUCGGCGCGAGAACCCGGUCGUCUUUCUCGACAUAACCGUGGCCAAGCAGUUCAUUGGGCGCAUGCUCAUCGAGGUCCGCGCCGACGUGGUGCCCAAGGCGGCCGAGAACUUUCGCGCGCUCUGCACGGGCGACUGCAAGGACGCACGUGGCCGCGCCUUGCACUACCUUGGCACGCCCAUUGGCCGCGUCGUCCUUGACUCGCAUCUGCAGGCCGGCGACAUUGACGGCAACGGCGGGACAUCCAUUUACCCCACAAGGCUCUUUGAAGAUGAGAACUUUCUCUUGCGGCAUGUCGGACCUGGCACCGUCUCGAUGGUCAAUGCUGGCCCCGACUCGAACGGUUCGCGCUUCAGCAUCCUCUUUGCCUCGGCGCCAUGGCUCGACAACAAGAACGUCGUCGUCGGGAGCCUUCUUGGCGAGCGGAGCUUCGAGACGCUCGGGCUGCUGCAGCAGCUUACCGCCACCGAGUGCGGCCAGCCCAAGCAAGCCGUGCUCAUCUCUAACUGCGGCCAACUCUUUCCAUUUUAA